CCCAUAAACUUGAUAAAUGGAGAGACCUGUCACAAAAUCAGCCAUGAAUCCUCCACUUAGCAUGGAGAGCCACUCUGUUCCUAUGAGCGAUGGAAAACUAAUCCCACUCAUUGGCCUGGGGACGUACGAAGACCCCCGCAAGACUCCUAAAGGAACAGCCUACGAGUCUGUUAAGAUUGCCAUAGACGUGGGUUACAGACACUUCGAUGGUGCGCUGGUCUACUACAACGAACAUGAGGUUGGACAAGCCAUCAGAGAGAAGAUCGCUGAUGGAACUGUGAAAAGAGAAGAUAUCUUCUACUGUGGAAAGCUAUGGGGCACGUUCCAUCUUCCUGAGCUGGUCAGACCUGCAUUAGAGCGAACACUAAAGGAGUCAGGACUGGACUAUGUGGAUCUCUACAUCAUUGAGAUUCCAGUUGCGUUCAAGCCAGGUGAUGUGUUUUAUCCUAAAGACGAGAAUGGAAAGUUUGUGUUCGACAACAGUGACCUCUGCGCCACAUGGGAGGCAUUAGAAACCUGCAAAGAUGCAGGAUUGACAAAGUCUCUCGGUGUAUCAAACUUCAAUCGACGACAGCUUGAGCUGCUUUUGAACAAGCCCGAACUGAAGCACAAACCUGUUUCCAAUCAGGUUGAAUGCCACCCUUAUUUCAGCCAACCCAAACUAUUGGACUUCUGUCGACAGAAUGACAUUGUGAUUGUGGGUUACAGCCCGCUUGGGACGUCCCGAGAUGCAUCCUGGGUGAAUCUUAAAUCUCCUCCACUGUUGGAGGACACAGUGCUGGUCUCCAUCGGGGAAAAAUACAACAAAAGCCCUGCACAGGUGUCCCUGAGGUUCAACAUCCAGAGAGGAGUGGUCGUCAUUCCCAAGAGCUUCAGCCCGCAACAUAUAAGAGACAACUUCCAGAUAUUUGACUUUUCAAUUACGGAUGAUGAAAUGGACGCCAUCGAAAAGCUGAACAAAAACGUCCGCUUUGUGGAACUUCUGAUGUGGCGUGACCAUCCUGAGUAUCCAUUCCAUGAUGACUACUAAUUUACACUUUCUUCAGUGUGGGCUACAUACCGUCAUAUUGUCAUUUUGGUGAUCUGCUCCCCUCACAGAGCUCUGGAGCCUUUGAAAUUUGUCAUUAAAAGAAAAGUAAAGCUUGUUCACUCUAUUAUACCCUACAGUAAGUGGGUUCUUAAAAAUGACGCAUAUGUACACAGACGAACAAUUAAUAAAAUAUCGCAAACUGAAUCAAAUAAUGUGUCCUGUGUGAACAGCCCCUUAAUGUGGGUUGGAAAUACUGCAAAUCCACCGAGUCGUCUCUAGAGAUCGGUUAUGUUCUCAUUUCAGUGGCAGUUCAGAAAAGUGUUAAAAACUAUCAAACUUCAUUUUUUCCCCCCAUUUUAAACAAAUGUAAACAGAUCAAUCGUGGCAAUUAUUUUUCAUCUCUGGUGAUUUCUAUUAUGUUUAGCUGAAUGUCCAGAAAGCAGCGUCUUCGUUCUUGUGAACCCUCACUAUAGUCAUUCGGUUUAUGAGAUUUUAAGUAUAAGCAUGUGAUGUCAUAGUUUGUACAGGUUUAUCAGUGGCCAAACAAAAGUGUGUCUUAUGUUGUGUAAGGUUUUCUAAAUUCCUCAUGAGGGUGCAAUUGUACAGCGCUGUUUGGAAACACUGCAGAACAAAUGUUGUUAUAGGGUUUGUACAAAAAUCUAUAAAGAAUAUACAGUACACCAUAUGUUAAAUAACGGUAUAGUGGUAUAAUGGUAAAGCAGCCAGUCAUUAUUGCAAAUUAUUACACUGCUCUCUGGAAUAUUCUGAUUGGGCAAUGGCGCCAUCUAGUGGUGUGCUAUUUCACAGUAACAACCGCACAUCCAAGUAUUUGCAAUCACUUUCCUGCUUCUCGGAUCACUGUGUGAUCUCUACAAGUAACCUAAUAAAAUA